AAGUUGUAAAUGAGCUUCUAUGUGGCGGCUGUAGUUUCAGUGUUCUGGGCGCAUUCAACUCUGAUCAUCUCAGUUCUUUUGGACCUGUAAAGACUCCUCAACUGUGCUGAAGACGAAGUGUUGGUGAAAAGGACCAGACUCAUAUUCUGGCCCAGCCUGACCUCCAACAGGGGCGCUCGAGAGCUAAAGACUUAGACAAGUUCUUUUUCUUCAAAGGAAAAAUAAUUAUAGCCCAUCAAGCAGCAUAACUCCAGGGGCCACGAUGUGCAAGAUCCACUAGAACCGGUGAAGCAAGCAAACAUUACUGGCAGAGAUGUGCAAUUACUAAAUGUGAAAUGAUUACUGCAAAAGGACUAGAAACAUGGCUGACGCGGUGCGAGGUCCCGUCGUUGGCCGGCCAUUGGCAUUUGCCAAUGAAGAGCGGAGGGCGCUUCACUCCUGGUCCCGGAUCUCUUCAGCGGGGCACAACGUCCUCCUGGAUGCUUUGAAGAUCCUAAGCCCGAUGUCACGUGACCUCUCGAGCAGUGAGGAGCUGGUUACCUUCCUGCAGGAGUUGGGCGAGGAGGGCCACAAGCCCACUGUGCUGCAUAGCAAGGACGUUUACGGCUACCGCUCCAGCACAAACCAACCCUUGACUCAAGACAUGCUAAAGCCGGCCAACAGAAAUGUUAGACCCACCACCAAGAGGAGGGGAAGGAAACCCCUGGCCAAGAAGAGAGAGGUGCACCCGUCCUGGAACAUCUCUGACAACCCUAAGAUUCAAGGGAUUCGUCCUCCAGAGCUUCUGGUGGACCAUCGUGCCAUCAUCUGCAGCAGGACACCCAGUCGAACUGUAGAGAUGUCGCAGGUGCAGAUGCGGCCAUGUCUUAGACUGACUAACAUUGAGGGCCUUUCUGGCUUCCAUACGGCUAGACUCCAGAUCCACACUUCCUGGGACUCAUCAUCUGAGGCACCCUCUGUUGUCUUUUCACAGCAACAGCCCCCUCCAACGCUAUCAGGAAUACCUUUGCAGCCUUCUCAGAACGGUGGUGGGGCUCCCACCAAAGCUGUGGCCUUGUUCAGCCAGAAGAGCCUGUCCUGCCCCAUCCGAUUAGACGGUGCCCUCAUUGGUGAUUCUGCACCGGUCUUCUACACAAAUGGAAGGGUGUUCCCAGAGACUCACACAGAGAUGACUAGCAAUGGCUGGAGGAGCAACAACCUCUACCGAGAUGUUCGUAGCCCCAAGGAACUGAACAGACCGACCCGGCAAAGAAACGGCUGGAAGGACAAAGAUAAAAGACAAAAUAGUCUUAGAUGGAAAGUGAUAAAGGUGGAUGACUCUCGCUCUGUGGCUGAUGCCCGCAGAAAAGCGCAGAAGGUCCUACAGGUCAACCUGUCUCCAGUGAUUCAAAUCCAAUCUCUCAACCAUGUGUUGAGAGAUUUCAGAUACCAGAAUAAGUGACAAUUUCCCCCCAAACCCACACACAUUAUUUCCUUUAGCAGAUGUUAGUGUUUUACAUCCAUUAGCCUGUACCUGGCUGAGCCCCAGUGUUCAAUGCAGACGUCUUACAUGGGUUUUCGAGAUCUCUGCUGAGUGUUGGAGGUAGGGAAGUCAGAACUUUCGUUUACGCUAUACAGCACUUCAACCAACCAUCAUUCUACUUUGAGUUGACUGCCUACUAGCAGCGUCCACCGUUAGGUGAAUUAUCUGUCCUUCAACAAGGACUUGGUGCUCACGGUUGUUUUGACAAGUAUUUAUAACUAAUUUGAAGUAUAGUGCCGUUAAAAAAGUAUUCUUUUCUUAUAGUGCUUAAAAACAGUGCUGUCACUAUGCGGCGCCCAAUUUUCCACUGAAAGGAAAGAUAAAAUAAAGGUAGUGUGGUGACAGGGCCAUCCCAUUGGACACCCGGAUGAACUGGUGGAUGAGCAGGGCGGGUUUCAAAAGUCUUCAGACGAGCAGACGUGGUGGUUGGUUGGUCCCAGCAAAACAAAUGAACUAAACAAAAGGAGGGAAAAAAAGAAAGGGGCUUACUUUGUCUUCCUUUUUUGUAUUUUUGUUGUGUUUCCACUGGAAAUCAGGAAAGUUCUAGGAGCAAGUACUGCAGGGAAUCAAACCUGUGGCCCAUACAGACAUAGAUUGAUACCUGAAUGAUUUGUUUGAACUUUAGUCCUUCACAAAGUGUUCCUUUUUGGUUUAGUUUAUCCACUCAUGGAAACAAAAGACUUCUAUAGUAUGUUCAACUGUUGGAUGGUUCGAUGUCUUACAAUAACAAAACAUGAAUAUGGAAUAUUGAAGGGGACUUGAGCCCUGUUAAACAUUUUGGCUUCUGAGAUUCAUCUUUAAAUCUUAAUCAAAGCACUGAGAUUUAUGGGGUAUAAGAAUUCUGACUUCUAUCUCAUUAUUAAACUGGAUCUUUGAAUCCUAUAGUAACACAUUUCUAUCUGUAAAUUCAGAGUUUAUUCUCCGAAUUACAGCUUUACACCUCCAUUCUGUGAUGUGGACAAGGUCUCCCUCCAUAAGUUUAAGGUGUUUUACACAAACUACAAAAACAACCAUCAGCUGUCUGUUUAAUGCUGCUCAAGAUUUACUUUUGACCAAUACCUUUCUGUACUUCACAGACAACCAACAGUCUUUUUUUAUCCUUAAUGUAAGAUGUUUUGCCCAUUUAAAAAUGUUUGUGGUGACAUAACUUGAGCUGCAGGCUUGUUGGUUUAAUUUGAAACUGCAGCUUUGGAAAGUUUAAUCUCCCAUCCGAACUCAUCUGUGCUCUGAGUCGAUGGCGAGAAUUGCACUUUGAGAGUGACUCAUUGUCGCCUCUUUCCUCGACAUGAAAGUUAUUUCCUGCGUCAUGUAGAAAAUAUGUGAAAUAAUCUCCAAAAUUGACUUUUUUUGAAACCACACUGGUUUUUGCUACAGGUGCUAACGUUGCAAUGUUGGUGCUGAAUUAAAUGACUGGCACAAGAAUGUCAUGUUUCUGUUUUUCUAGUUCAAAUUGGAGCAUUUAGGAUCCUGCGAGUUAUCCUCUGAGGGAUUGAUGACACUGCUGCCCCCUGCAGGUUGGGACGAGCAUGCCAAACCGCCUUGCGUUUUUUCCAAAGGGUCACCUGAUACCGUUUUCAUGUUAUCAUCUGUGAAAAACUCCUGUGAAUUCCCCUAAAAAAAUUUGUUUGCGAUGUUCGGACAAAACCACAUUCUAUGAGACAAUGAGUCAUUUUGUUUUGACCUCGGAGACCUCAGAAACACAAAACACUUACUAGCUUUAUCGCUGAGCUUUUAUCAAAAGUAUUGAUUACUUAAACAACCAGAUAUUUUCAAGUUCAAAUACAACAAAAUUAAACCACCAUCAUGAAUAAGGACUAUUGUUUCAAAAACCAUAAAAAAUAAAUUUCCAGACAUUUGUCACGUUUAAAUGCUGUGGAUGCUGUUUCAGGCCAUUUAGUAGAAAGAAUUGAUCAGAUUUAAAGUGGAUAUCUGUGUUUUCUGGUUUUAAGUCCAUGCAUUAUUUACAAGUUCCUGCUCUGUUCCCCUGUUUAAACUGAAAUCACAUCAGUGUUUGUCAUGUUCAUGCCCGUUGACAAAUCCCUUUUCUAGGUCUUCUUUCUGUUAGUCUUGUUUGUGCAACACUUGUAUAAUAUUGUAUUUCCUACAUGAUCUUUGAAAACUCUUUUUGUUCAAUAAAACCGAUCUGAAAAUAA